CUCGCCUUUUUCAGAAAUAUUUACAUUUUUGUUUGUAACAAAAUUAUUAUUGUUUUAUUUUAAGUUAAUACACCUUGAAACUAAAAUCAAUGGAAACAUUCAAAUAAUUAAGAUAAAUUAGUGGCGUACAAAGCCUUUAAAAGUGUUUUAUAACAAUAAUCAGGUUAUGUUAAAGAAAUGCAAAUGUUGUUGACGUUCUUAGAAAUUAGUAACGGGUCAUUGUUUUUCCUAAACUCAUUAAACUAAAGUGUUACGAUGUUCUCGAAGAAGAAAAAGAAACCGCAAAUAUCGCCACCCAUAAAUUUCGAGCACAGAGUGCACACUGGCUUCGAUAAACGCGAAGGCAAGUAUGUAGGACUUCCUUUGCAAUGGGCCUCUAUAGUGGGCAACAAUCAGAUACUCAAGUCCACUAACAGACCCCUACCACUCGUUGACCCUUCAGAAAUCACCCCAACGGAAAUCCUAGACCUAAAAACCAUCGUCCGAGGUGACCACAAGUCUGAAAACAGAUUGAGCACCCAUCAAAAACCACCAAUCAAUGGAAUUGUGCUUCCUAAAACUUCCAACGUUGCAAGAUCAAACUCAUUAAGAUCCUCAAGUCCGCCUAGGCUGAGAAGAGAAAGAAACAACACCAACGUCCCACCUGCAGUGCCUGAAGAACAAAUAUUACAAUACCCAUCAAUGAGGCGAGAUCCCAGCAUAAGCAAACCACAAGUAAGAGAAGGCUCCCCUGCUAGCAACCACGAAAUUCAAAAUGCUUAUGCCAACCAACAUGUCCUUAAUGGCAACAUAACUGAACUAGGAUAUCCUCAAAGGCCAACAGAACAUCCACAAAUAUCUCCAGUUGGAUCAGUGGCUUCCACAGCAAUAAGCAAUCAGAAUCAUCCUGUGAUGCACGCUCAGCACCAAGUUCCUGGUCCUUAUCCUAACGUGCCUAGGCCAGAUUUGAAUCAGAAUGUUAAAAAUGGCAGUCUUCCAACUCACAAUCAUCCUUCCACUUCUAGUAGCGGGCAUAGUUCAACUUCUAAGCAUCAUGAACAGAGGCUAACACAUGAACAAUUCCGUGCAGCUCUUCAAAUGGUAGUAUCAUCAAAAGACCCUCGCGAAAAUCUGGAACGUUUCGUCAAAAUCGGCGAAGGUUCCACUGGUACCGUGUGCAUAGCGCACGACAGAAACACCGGCCGACAAGUGGCAGUCAAAAAGAUGGACUUGCGAAAGCAGCAAAGGCGCGAGCUCCUUUUCAACGAAGUAGUUAUCAUGCGCGACUACCACCAUCCGAAUAUUGUGGAAAUGUUUGACAGCUAUCUUGUAAAUGACGAAUUGUGGGUGGUUAUGGAGUUUUUAGAAGGUGGCGCUUUGACUGAUAUUGUAACACAUUCAAGAAUGGACGAGGAACAAAUUGCAACAGUUUGCAAACAAUGUCUGAAAGCCUUGGCUUAUCUACACUCUCAAGGUGUUAUUCAUAGAGAUAUAAAGUCAGACUCUAUACUUUUGGCUUUGGAUGGCAGAGUGAAACUGUCUGAUUUUGGAUUUUGUGCUCAAGUAUCUCAAGAACUUCCCAAAAGAAAAUCUCUAGUUGGCACACCUUAUUGGAUGUCUCCAGAAGUAAUUUCCCGGUUACCUUAUGGUCCAGAAGUUGAUAUUUGGUCUUUGGGUAUUAUGGUUAUUGAAAUGGUUGAUGGUGAGCCACCGUUUUUCAAUGAACCUCCUUUACAAGCAAUGAGGAGGAUCAGAGAAAUGCCCCCACCAAAACUAAAAAAUGCCCAUAAAGUUUCGCCAAGACUUCAAUCGUUUUUGGAUAGAAUGCUGGUAAGAGAUCCGGCUCAAAGAGCUUCUGCUCAAGAAUUGUUGGCACAUCCGUUUUUAAGGCAAGCUGGACCUCCAGCUUUACUUGUGCCUCUUAUGAGAGGAGCCAAACAUACAAAUUAUUAAGUGUACUUAAAUGUAUAUUCUUGUUAUAUAUAGCUUUAAUUAAGGAUGACUUGAAUAAAUCAAAGUAAUUUAAGCAAUAUGAAAUUUGAAAUAUUACAUUCCAUUGAAAUUGUUUAUAGACUUCAACUCAGAUCUGAUAUUUAUAUGUAUUGUCUCUACACCCUUUAUAAAAUAAGUUAAAUUUAUUUAUAAUAUAAGCACUUUAUUAUUGGCUCUAUUAGAGAGUCAACAAUACAUAUAUUUAAAAAAAAAAAACCUAGUUAUGGAAUUAUUGCCAUAAUCAGAAACCAAUAAGUAUUAAAUAUUGUAUUUUGAACCGUCCAAAUCGAUUGCCUUAUUCCGGAAUAAUGUAGCCUUAUUAUGUAGGAAUUUUUCAGUAGAAUGUUACCCUAUUUAUUUUUUUUGUUAAUGCAGGGUUUUUGACAUUUAGGGUUUGUUAAAUUAUGUUGCUGUUGUACUUAAACGAAUCUGUAGUGUGAUAUAAGUAGGAGAAAAAUCAUGCAAUUGAAAAAGCCAUAUAUUGCUGAAAUAAUUAUUAUUGAGACAUAAAUUAACUUUUUACACAAAUUGUAUUUAUAGAUUAUUGAUUGACUGGGUAACUAUUGUUUAAUAAUGUUUAUAAUAUACACUUAUUUUUCAACAA